UUACUGACCAAUGGGAUGAUCUCCUACAAUGGUGGUGGAUCCACUAACAACAGACCAGUGGACACUGUGGCCACCUUCAGCUGUGACACUGGAUACACUCUCAAUGGAGGCGUUAAUAAGACUUGUGAGAGUGAUGGAAUGUGGAGUGGGUUAGAUCCAAUAUGUGAAGGUCAUAAUUAUUAGUUGAGUGGUAGUACAUGCACCGUGACUCCUGAGCUUAUUCCUACAGUCAUUAUAUGUCCUCUUCUACCGGCCAUUACCAAUGGCACCAUCUCCUACUCUCCUGAUGUCACCCCUGACCAUGACCUGGGAACUAAGGCAACCUACACUUGUGAGGCUGGGUUCUAUCUUGACGGUAAUGAGGUACAAGUGUGUAUGGAUGAUGAUGGAAUGGACGCCAUUGGAGUGUGGAGUGGUCAGGAGCCAAGAUGUGUCCGUAUCACAUGUUCUGCUCUCAUUAAUGUUAUUAAUGGGUCCAUCAGUUACCCUAGUGGUACUACUGCACCAUAUGACUAUGGAACGACAGCUACUUUUCAAUGCAACAUUGGACAUGUGUUAAUAAGUAGAGACAGAGUGAGGACCUGUACUGGUGAUGGUAGUACUCCUAGUAGUCUGUGGGAUGGUGCUGCUCCUCAAUGUCCACCUGUGGACUGUGGGACUCCUCCGUCUAUUACCAAUGGAUCUCCUGGGAUACCAACAACCACAACAUUCACAGGGACAGUGAUCUACAGCUGUAAUGAUGGCUAUGCACUCUUUGGGAUUGCUACAAUUACUUGUCAGGCAAAUGCCACCUGGAGCAAACCACCAGAAUGUAGAGGCACUACAACUUCACUGGUCUGUACUGAUCUGAUGGAUCUAGUCAAUGGAAGUAUUUCUUAUGAUAUGGAGGUCACUGCCAACAGACCAAUGGACACUGUGGCCACCUACACCUGUAACCCUGGCUACACUCUCAAUGGAAGCACUACCAGGAUUUGUGGAAGUGAUGGAUUGUGGAGUGGAUCAGAUCCAACGUGUGAAGCUCUUAUGUGUCCUCCUCCACCGACCAUUACCAAUGUCACCAUCUCCUACUCUCCUGAUGUCACCCCUGACUAUGACCUGGGAACUGAGGCAACCUACACUUGUGAGGCUGGGUUCUAUCUUGAGGGUAAUGAGGUACGAUUGUGUAUGGAUGAUGAUGGAAGGGACGCCAUUGGAGUGUGGAGUGGUCAAGAGCCAAGCUGUGUCCCCAUUCAGUGUCCUCCUCUUAAACAAAUUGGCAAUGGUUCCAUCACCUACACUCCCGACACUACACGUGCACCUGUCUAUGAUCUGGGCACUGUCGCUACCUAUGCCUGUGAUACUGGAUUUAUUCUGGAACUCUCCCUGGGUGGAUCUGAGAUGAGAACGUGCGUGGAUGAUGAUGGACUGGAUGCUAUUGGAAUGUUUGAUAGACAGGCUCCAAGAUGUGUCCGCCCUAUCGGGUGUCUUGUUUUGCCCGUUUUCGCCAAUGGAAUAAUCACUUAUGCCACAGACAUGACCCCUGAUUUUGACCUUGGUACUACAGCAACUUAUAGCUGCAAUGAUGGCUACAAUUUAGAUCUCUCUACUGGUGUUGAAGUAAGGGUCUGCAUUGACGAUGGAAACAAUGAUGCGUUUAGUGACCAGGAGCCUGCUUGUGUUCCUGUCCCUUCUCCUGUACGCUCAGUGUUGUUCCAACUCAGACUCACCAACAUCAACAACUGUCCUGACUGGGUGGACCAGGAUGGGAGGAUAGAAGCUGUAAUGAAUGCGUUUGCUGUCGAGGUGAAGAGUUAUUGUGGGUGUGGUUUCUCAAGCAUGGUCAUGACUGCCCCUCUCUUCCGCUGCUUCCCUGGGUCAAGCACAGCUGUCACAUUCCGAGCCACUCUAACUGAUUCCAGGCUCCUGACUCCCAUACAGGACUGGAUACAAACCAAUGGAUUCCUUCCCAUUCAGAAUGUACUGAUGGAGGUGGACAAGUCUUGUCAGGUGGAGAUAGCAAGCCUUGCAGACACAGAGUGCAGCAACCAGCCUACAGCUGCAGGGAGCAGUGACAUUACCGCUGUGGUCGGUGGAGUGGUGGGAGGAGUCCUUAUUAUUGUAGUGGGCGUUACAAUUGUUGUUAUAGUGAUUGCUGUACUGGUGUUCAAGAGCAGGAGAGAGAGGCUUACAGUCAACAAAACAACGAAACAUGAUCUACCACCAGUGUUGCUAAAGGGUGUGGUCAGUACUGGUGAAAUACAACCAUACGAGAUGAUGGAAAUGGGUCACGAAUACGAGGAAGUGUCCAAGUUCCAACGAGCCGUCGGAGGAGAGUAUGAGAUCAUUGGAUCACCCUCACAGACAACUGACUCCGAGAGUAAGGCUCCUACAAAGACCGAGUCAUCACCACCCACUCCACCAAUACCACAACCCUCACAAGCAACUGAGUCUGCCAGAAAUGAUAUUGAGUUCACAGAGUGCGUUGCUUACAGCACGACCACCCACAGUUGCCCCCCACAGCCUACAAGCUUAUGAACUAUAACAUGAAACUGCAAACUAGUUGACUGCUCUAGUAAUUGAUAAGGAUAAUUUACAUUAAUUUGCUUGUAUAUAAUUAUUUGCAUGGCUAUUUAUAUACAUAUUUAUGCAUGUUCAAAAGAUCU